UGCGCCGCCUCCGUUUUCGUGAAUGUCUUCUUUACUACCGAUCAUGUGAUCAUUUUAAUCUGAGUCGGUCAUAUGAGGAGCCUCCAGAGUUUAGCUGUACACUCCUGUAGUAUUCUUCCAGCGUUCGGCAAAAACAAUGAGGUGGUGUCUGCUGUUGCUAUGUGUCCGGAGCUGCUUCGGCUAUUACUCCCCAGAUGAAGUCCUGGACUUACCUGGUCUGAGCACCCGUUUAAACUUCAGGCAGUGGUCCGGUUACCUUCAGGCGUCUGCAGGCAAACAUCUACACUACUGGUUUGUGACGUCUCAGCGAAACCCAGUCAAAGACCCUGUGGUCCUGUGGCUGAAUGGUGGGCCUGGGUGCAGUUCCUUAGACGGAUUCCUCUCUGAAAAUGGCCCUCUGCAUGUGAAUGAUGAUGGCAGUACACUCUACAUCAAUAAGUACAGCUGGAAUAAAGUAGCCAAUGUUCUGUACCUGGAGUCCCCGGUUGGAGUUGGUUUCUCCUACUCGGAUGAUCAAAACUACGCCACCGAUGAUGAUGAGGUUGCAGAAAACAACUAUCUGGCCCUGCAGGAUUUCUUCAGCAAGUUCCCCAACUUCACAAGCAACGAUUUCUAUAUCUUUGGUGAAAGUUAUGGAGGUGUCUAUACACCAACGCUGAGCCUGAAAAUUGCAGAUGGCCAAGCUAGGAUUAACCUCAAGGGCUAUGCAGUUGGGAACGGACUGAGCAGCAUUUAUUACAAUGACCAGUCGCUCGUCUACUUUGGAUAUUACCAUGGACUCUUUGGGGACACAUUGUGGAACAAACUGAACAGAUACUGCUGCAAGGAUGGAUCUUGCAACUUCUUCAACAACACCAACUAUAACUGCCAAGAAACAGUACGUUUUCCUGUUCGUUUAUUGUCCCCAGCUUGCUUGCUACCAAUGUGAGUCUGCACACUGGAGAUACCAAAGAGAGACGUGUAGUUAUGUAGCAAUUUUCCCAACUUGAGAACCUCUUUUAACGCCAAUGAGGCAGUGGGAAGACAAUGGCUCGUGCUAUUAGACACCAAGAUAAUGUCCUGGGGACCUGGAUUCAAACCCACCAAAGCAGAUGGUGGAAUUUGAAUUCAAUAAAAAUCUGGUAUCAUGAAACCGUUGCCAACUGUUAUACAAACCCAGCUGGUUCACUAAUGUGAAGGAAAUCUGCCAUCCUUAUCCGAUCUGGCCUAAAUUUGACUCCAAAUCCACAGCAAUGUGGUUG